UUUAUGCUAAGUGAAGAAGGAAUUUAAUACAAGAACAUGGAUGUAAAAAUCAACUUGGCUGAAAUGUGCUAACUUGUUGUUACUGUGAACAAGAAAAAAAAAUGUCAACAACUAGAUCACCACCAAUGAUGAUGUCAAAUAUUCGAAUUUUGAAAAUCAUGUGUUGUACAAAAAAUGUAAUUCCGGUGAAAAAUAUAAAAAAGUUGAUUAAAAAUACGAGAAACGACACAAAAGUUGUUGUGCUAAAGAGAAGAAAAUAAACUUGAUACCUAAACACAAAAAAUAAAACAUACAGGGACUGAACGAAUUUCCCUUUCAAAACAGAAAAGUAAUUAAAAAUUGUGAUAAAACUAAAGAAAAAACACAUACAAAAAAAAUAAUUAUAAAAAAGUUUGAGAAUGGCCAUUGAUUUGCUCGUUGCUGCUUUGUUACUUUGUUCAGCCAGUGUUAAUUUGCUUGCAUUAGGUGCAUUUUGGGUGACACCAUCCCUCCGUAACGGCCUCGCAAACCGCUUUGUAGUGAAUUUAUUAAUUGUCAAUCUCGUGUGCUGCGUCGUACUUGCACCAUCACUUCUCCUCAACUCCAUUACUUUCGAUGCGGUCGACAUUCCCGCAACAUCAUUUCCUGUUGUCGCGACAACACAAGUAGUUCCAGAUGUCGGGCGUUUUGCCCCAAAUGAUUCGACGGAUUGCGUUCGUCACAACAAUUGCACGGAAAAUAAUCUUGCUGCCACGGAUGAAAUUCAAUCGGAGUACAUUCGCGACAAAUUCCGCUUCACCCAAAUCCGAUGUUGGGGAUUGGAUUUUGCCGCAGCUGUUGGGGCAUUAUCUGUCCUGCUCGUCGUCGGAGAUACGUGGUGCGCUGUCACUGAUCCACUGCGAUACCACACGAGAUUGUCUGACAAGAAAGCAUGGAUUUUCGUCUUUCUCGCUUGGGCAAUUGGCAUCAUGUUUGGCGUCGCAUCUGCCUUCCGUUCGGACCAGACGAAUAUGAUGAACGAGCCGGAUGACGUUUACAAUGCGAUUUUCUCGUACUCGUACUUUACGCUGGCGAUCCUGCUGCCCUUUGUGAUGGUCUGCACGAUGUAUUGGCGAAUUUACAGCGAGGCACGCGAAAGUGGGCAACGAAUGCGACAAAACGGAUCGUCGCCGUUGCUGCAAAGUGCUCUGAAUUUGGCGCAAGUUUCCGCAGCAACGGCGCACACACAAGUGCAACAAGAUAAAUUACCGCAACAACUGAAUACAGGUGGAAUAACAGGUGCUCUUAGUAGUAGUUUAAUAGAAACUAAAGUAAGUAACGAAAAUGUUAGUAGUAAUAAUGAAAAAAGUGAUGAAAGCGAAAAAGAAGAGGCCGUUAUCGAGCCGCUUCUUCUUAAAAAUAACACAUACAACCUAAAUAAUAACCAGAUGCUUUGUGAGAGACGAGCAAGUGAUAGUCAGCAACAACAAGAACAACGCAACUUUCAUCUCAGUCUAGACAAUAAACCCUUUUUCAAGUCUGACGAUAACCAAAAUAACAUUUUGUUGACUCUCACGACGACCACGACCACGGACCAAAUGCGACGAAAUUUCAGUGCGAAACAGCUGGAGAGUCUCGAUGCGUCUCCAGUGCGUCCUGAAAUGCGUCAUGCUACCUCGACGCCAAAUUUACACAAACUCGACAAGUAUGACUUGCAUCCGAGACUCGUUCUCCCCUUGCCCACUGUAAAUGUUCCUCCAAAAGCCCUCAGUUACAUGACCUCGAUCCGUCAUCGGCUCUCUAACGCGUCGUCUCUCUUCAAAUACCGCGAGGAGUCGCGUGCCGCUCGCAUUAGUAUCCUCGUUGUGGUGAUGUUCCUCGUCUCGUACUUGCCUUAUGGCAUUCUUGUGUUGAUGCAGGGACACAACGAUUUCCUCGAGGCAUCCGAUCAGUCAUUAUUAGCAAUAUUUGCUGUAGUUUUAGCUAAUUUAAGUUCCCCUUUUAUUUUUGCAUAUCGCAAUAAGCGUGUGCGUCGCGGAAUUUUCCGCCUACUUGGCGUCGACAAACAAAAAGCACACGAUCGCUUCCAAAAGUUCCAAAACAGCACGAUCCGACGCAAAACCUCGCCGAAUUUCGCGACAAAUGUCAAUCGCAGCACAAGUCGGGCAAGUACUUACUCCGCCACCUCGUGCAAAUAUCUUACAGUGGCACCACAUGCCACGGCAGUCACGCUAAAUGGCUCGUAUAUCGUGGAAAUUGACAAAUUGAGUCCCUGCUUCGAGGAGCAAUCCUCAUUCACAGCUACUCCAGUACCUAGUCCCGUUAGUAUCGCACCCGUUCACGGAUCGCCCUACAAACAGACAACUAUUAGCAUUAGUAGCAAGCCAGAAACGGAAAAAAUUAAAAAAUCUAUCUUGAAACGCGUAUGUGAUACCUCAAAAAUGUGGGGAUGUAAUUGUGUCGAUAACAGUAGUAUUAGCAAACAUAUUAACGAGAAAAAAUUGAAUAUUAAACAGCCUACGCUCGUAUAGUUGCAAGUGAAUUACGACGAUACCUAUGUCUAGUUUCCUUCUGAAAUAAAUUUUACAAAAAUAUCGGUGCCAAAAACUUACGCGCUUGAGGUAAUUUCAUUUUAUAAACCCGAAAAACGCUUCGUAGCUCAAAAAACCCCGAAAGUUACAUAAUGUUAAUUAAAAGUAGACUAAAAAUCAACGAACGUGAUGUUAGCUCGAUACUCUUCGCUUCAGUAAAAAAAAAUAGGCAAGAGAAUAAUAGAACGGAAUGCAGUGUAUGCAGUUUUUCAUGCCUAUAAAAAAAUUUUUUUAGUAUCAAUUUUUUUCUUUCUACUGCGAAGAAAAUUAAAUUGAUUGAAUUUUUUGUCAAAUAGCUGCAAAAAUGUGAUAACGUCUAUCGAUUCACUUCGACGAACGAUGAAGCAAAACGAUGAAAGUUAUCAUUUUUAUUAUUAUUACGACUCGCGAUGAAUUUGAUUCAUUCAAAUUAAAUUGUCAUCAGAGACCGUGUUCCAUUCAUUCAUAACAACAAGAAAUUAAAUGUUUCUGCUAAUUAUUCACACGUACUCACCAUAUUUUGUCACAUUGCAACAGUUGUUGCUUGUUGCUCCACUGUCUGUCGAACAAUAAUAUUUAUUUGUAAAAAAUGUGCUAAUUAUAAUUGUUAGCGAAUAAACAGCAAUUACGACGCGCUUCAGUAUAAUUUCCAUGUGAUCAACUUUACCGGCAGAUACCGCAAUUCACUUGUAACUGGUUAAUUGUAAAUAUUGUCAGUUUAACAUAUGUGCGAACGGGCGUUAUCAUGUACAAACGAAAAAUCUGAUACAAUUUUCAAAUGAAAUGAUAUUUUAUCAAGGCUCUCUUGUAAAUGCACCUGAUAACUAAUAUUUUUUGCAGGUUCGGA